AUGUAUCCUACCCUUCGUGACGGGGAUCUGCUGUUGGUCGAUUCGUUAAGCGUGCGUCUCGGGAAUGAUGUCGUUGUGUGUGUAUGCCCUGACAAGCCAAGUACAUUUUUAUGCAAACGGUUAAUCAGGUUCGAAGGAAAGGAUACACAGAAUCACAGCCGUUUUUCGGUAAGUGUUUAUCACGUUUGGCUGGAGGGCGACAAUUUUGUGAACUCUCGUGAUUCCCGUCAGUUUGGUGCCGUUCCUUAUUCACUUGUCAAAAGUCGAGUUUUAUGCAGAGUAAGUACUGUUUUAAGUACUGAAGAAGCGUAG